ACUUUCGCAAAGGAGUCGCACAUGCAUCAAACCCUUUUUUGCGCCCUCUCCAACGUUGUCGCGCUCUUGCUGCCUCAAGUUCGCUGACGGUUGGCAAAACGUAUGCACCGCUGACUGGACAACGAGCUAAAAGAACAGUCCGGUUGCGGCCGGAACGUGCUUAGAAGCGCAUACAUCAUCCCGCGCGCCCCAAGCUCAGCGCUAUCAAUUUCGCCAAAACAUCGGUUUCCAGAAGGAGCGUGUCUCAAACAACACCUCUUCACGGUGUUUGUUCUUUGAGACGCGAUGGCCGACCGACCCUCUGAUGAUGGGCAGCCGCUGGCGUUCUCUACGACCUCAACAACCACCACCUCAGGCCCACAUACAACAACAACGACCAGCUCCUCAGCUGGGCCAGGGGCAGCCGUGACUACCCACGGGCCGAAUUCCACUACCAUCACCCACCCCACGAUAACGACCACCACCCAGGGAUCCCAAACGCAGACGCAGAUAUCUCAGUCGCAGCCCGAGACACAGCCCCAAACACCGCAGCCUCAAGUGCCGGCACCCACGGCUGCGCCUAUUACUCGGACGCGUACUGGCUCUAUCCGCAUACGACGACCUUCCUCCGGGCGCGAGGUCCCGCUCGCGCAGCCUGCGCCGGCUGCACACCCGUUGCAGUCGAUACCACAGGCCCAAGCAGCACCUAUCACACCGCGACCGGCGCCGGCAACGGACAACAGCUGGCAGGGAAACAGCAACCGUAGGAGGAGCAGCUCUGAGCCCCAGCGUCCAUCAGUGGCACUACUGGAGCAGGAGCACGAGUUGAGGCACCAUCCAACAGCCACCACCCCGCUGCAACCAUUGUAUGAGGAUGCAACGCAGACUGGACCCAAUGUGGGCGCAGGACCACCGCCUUCACAAGGUGGUAGGAAGAGGUUGAGACCAGGUAUGAAUAGGAUGGGCUCGGCCAUCAACCUUCGUCGCAGAGACCACCAGAAAAAGGAUCAUGAGAUUGACAACGAUAUGGUUGAUAUGCUCGAUGUUAUCGACCCUGAGGUGUCUGCUUUGACAACUCUGAAUAACGUUCAGAACUCGUUGUUCCUGCCUAAUCUCCCAUGGCUCUACAAUCGCCAGCCGACCUAUGAUCUCAUGCAGUCAGCAUCGGAGUCGUCUGACGAAGAGAUGGGCACAGUACCUGCGCGGGGCGCGAGUCGCACUGACAGGUUGACUGAAAUGACUCAGCCCGGGGAGCACGAACAAGCGUCUCGUGGGGGGCUUCGCCGAACUGACACGAUCGAUUCGACGCUAUCGACGCUCGAAGAGGGACCAGGCCACCACUUUGCAGUCUUACCGCAUGGCGCAUCGUUGCCAGGCUGGACUCAAGAAGAGAAGGACGCUUUGGACGAUCAUGUGCGCCAUCUGCUGCACUCACGAAGAGCGAAGUUCAAGCGGAGUAUGCGCGGAUUCGGUCGUUACUGCCGCAACCCCCUUGGUCUCAUCGUCACUGUCUACUUCUUCUUAAUCACCUUCUGGGGAGCUGCGUGGGUGCUCUUCCUUAUCGGCUGGAUUUCCGUGGGAGGUCGACAGGCGUACUUCGUCGAGAUUUGCGAUCAGAUUUUGACUGCUCUAUUCUGCGUUGUCGGUAUUACCAUGUUCCCUUUCCGACUCUACGACACCUACCACAUGUCUUUCGUUGCCUAUUUCGCGCACAAAACCUGGCGUCUGCGGAAAGAGCGUGGUCUGAAUGAACUGAAAGAUCACAAUGAGUUGCCGACUAUGCCGCCUCAGUCAACCCCGUAUGACACAGCGGAGGAGAUCGAAGAGGAAGAGCGCAUCGAGGCACCUGUUCUCAACGACGAAGAGCAGAAGAAGCUCGAGUAUCACCAGGGCAAGCUGGCCAAGUCGCACACCUUCUACCGACCGCACGAAACCUAUACUCACCACGCGUUUUCCAUCCGACUUCUUAUCACCGUCGUCGUUCUACUUGACUGUCACUCCAUGUUCCAGAUUGCUCUUGGUGGGACAACAUGGGGUAUUUACUAUAAAGUGCGACCGAAGGCCCUUACAGCUGUCAUCCUGGCAUGCAGUCUGACUUGCAACAUUAUUUCUGGAAUCAUCAUCGGUAUUGGCGACAAGCGGAGUCGUAAAGCGCUUGUAGUGGAGCAAAUGAUGCGACAAGGUCUCACCGAAGAGGCUUUGAAAAGGUUGAAGAAAGAGCGUGGGCUCAAAGCCAGGGGCCUACCCUCCAAAGAGAAGAAGAAGCAGAUCCAAAAGGAGAUUGGCGAGAAGAAGAAGAACCCUUUGGAUACUAUUCUGCACCGAGGGUAGAGUACUCGUCGAAAUGAACUUCCAACAUAGUAAUAGUAAUAAUAUUGACCACCAUUAAAC